CCAAUGAGAGGCGCCGCUGUGUGAAAGGGGCGGGGGAGAGCGCGGGGUUAGGUGGCGAGAGAGGAGGCGCGGCCGGGCCAGAGACUGUGGCGUUCCGUGCUGCGGCGUUUUCGGGCGAGGAGGCUGCGCGGAAGGCAGCGGCGGCGCCACUUCUCCGCGAGGUUCUCCCCUCCCCCGCCAGCCGGCCGUGUCCUCUGCGUCUGACCCCGCGCUUGUCUCGUUGUCAGGAAGGGACCGUGGCUGGGAGACAGUGUGAGGCAGCGAGCGGGCGGCUUGCGGCGGCGGCGGCAGGCGGGCGUCUGGUGCCCCCUGCUCGCCUCGGGCCCCUCCCCUGAGAUGGGGAAUGGGCUGUCGGAGCAGACGCCGAUCCUGUCCAGCCUGCCGGGCUUCCAGUGCUUCCACAUCGUGAUCCUGGGGCUGGACUGCGCCGGCAAGACGACGGUCCUCUACCGGCUGCAGUUCAACGAGUUCGUCAACACCGUCCCCACCAAAGGCUUCAACACGGAGAAGAUCAAGGUGACGCUGGGCAACGGCAAGACGGUCACUUUCCACUUCUGGGACGUCGGGGGCCAGGAGAAGCUGCGCCCCCUCUGGAAGUCCUACACGCGCUGCACGGACGGCAUCGUCUUCGUCGUGGACUCGGUGGACGUGGAGAGGAUGGAGGAGGCCAAAACGGAACUGCACAAAAUCACGCGCAUCUCGGAGAACCAGGGAGUGCCCGUGCUCAUCGUGGCCAACAAGCAGGACUUGAGACACUCGCUGUCGCUCUCGGAGAUGGAGAAGAUGCUGGCCACCGGCGAGCUGAGCGCCUCCACUCCCUGGCACCUGCAGCCCACCUGCGCUAUCAUUGGGGACGGGCUCAAAGAAGGACUGGAGAAGCUGCACGACAUGAUAAUUAAGCGAAGGAAGAUGCUGAGGCAGCAGAAGAAGAAGAGAUGAGCCGCUGGGGCUGUGAGGGUUAGCUCCUUGUCAGCAUUUCAGUAAAACCGUUUCCAGCGCCUGGCCUGCUUGUCUGGAUCCUGUACAGCCUAACUAUCAAACAGUCAGCCUGAUGGGAAGCUUUGCAGACUUAACAGGCCACUGGUUCCCCCACAAGUUCUUCGGCACUACUAUUACUUUUUUU